UAACCAUCAUGGGAAAGUGCCUGGCGACCUGCUGGCUAGCAAUUCUCUUUAUCUUGCUCCUGGCUGAUGUGUCUCUUUCCAAAAAGAAGCCCAAACCCAGUGGCGGUGGCUGGAAUUCAGGGGGGCAACGUCCACCCGGCAAUCCACAGAACCCUGGCUAUCCACAAAACCCUGGCUAUCCACGCAACCCAGCCUACCCUCCCCACAAUCCUGGCUACCCACAACAACCUGGCUAUCCACAGCGUUACCCACAACAACCUGGCUACCCCCAACAACCUGGCUAUCCGCAGCGCAAUCCCAGCUAUCCCCAACAACCUGGCUAUGGAGGAGGCUAUGGAGGAGGCUAUAACAGCAAGCCAUGGAAGCCUAAGCCACCCAAGACCAAGCUGAAGCAUGUGGCAGGAGCGGCUCUUGGAGGAGCUGCAGUGGGAGCUCUCGGUGGCUACCUUGUAGGCAGCGCCAUGUCUAAUAUGAACUUUGGUUUCCACAACCGCGAUGAGGAACGGUGGUGGCAUGAAAACCGCAAUCGGUAUUCUGACCAAGUUUACUACCCAAAGUAUGAUCAGUCUGUGUCAAGGGAUGUCUUUGUGAGGGACUGCACGAACGUCACGGUGACGGAGUACAUCGAGCCCACCGGGAACAAAACGGCCGACGAGAUGGAAACCAAGAUCGUAACGCAAGUGGUACACCAAAUGUGCACAGAGCAGUACCGGUUGAUGUCGGGCGUUGCUCUGCUUCUCGCCAACCCUUCCGUGUUUUUGAUUGUCACAUUGGUCACAUGUUUCCUGAUACACUGGGGUCACCCUCUUUAAUCGACCUUGUUGAUCUAGCGAUGCUGAAAAGGAAUGAAAUCUGUAUGAAGCAACAGACUUGCGGGAGAAUACAUUCUUGCUUAUGCAUCUCUUUGGUGGAGUGUCUUUUUCAGAGCUAUUAUACCUGCUAAAUAUUAAUGAACACACAGGCUUUUGCAGUCAACUUUGAUUCUGUUUUUAGUGGUAUAAAAUAGUUUGUAGGGAAAUCAGACAAGGGAAGAAUUUGUUAUGAAAGGAACAAAAAACCUGAACCGUUGAUUAAAUCCCA